CUAGUCUUUUCUGCAGGGGAUAUUUCUCCUCCAAGGUCAUCAAUGGUGUAUCCCUGAUUCUCUGAGCUCCCCACAUCCUCCAACCCUUCUACAUCAUCACUGUCCCUGAGGUCGUCUCCAUAUCGCAAGUGCUACCAACAUUCAUUCAUCGCCCCAGGUCCCCUUUAUGAGGAGGGCUUUUUCAGCUGUCGUGCACUCCCCUCAAAGCGCAGACGGUGGAGCUGGAAAGGUCGAAGAGGCUAGGAGAAAGACAGCCAGAACAGAACUAGAACAGUUUCAAUUUCCAAGCGAUGUUCUGUGGGAGGCCGUAAUGGCUCAAUAUGCCGACUGCGAAGCAACCCGUUACCGUAUAAUCACUGCAACAUGGGAGAUCGAACGACUUGAGAGGUGGAAGUGCUUCUUCGACCGUUCUCUCAACUAUCUCCAAGAGAAGAAUACUACUUCAGUGUCUAGAUUUGAAUUUUUCAAGAAGUGCUGUCUAGAUCUUGGUGGGGUUGAGGGUCGCCCAGAGGAGAGGGACAUCUUGAUGGAAGCAUUGCAGAGAGACGCUGCAGCACUGGGCGCCAUGCAGAAGGAUUUCAAGGACACUGAGGAAGUUGCUAUUUCUCUGGGUGUCCUCGACGAGUCGGAGGAGUCUCAGAGCUUCUACUUUGGGGUUGCAGAUUCCGGUGAUACAGAGGAUUCUAACCCAAGUGACACUGAGAUUCCGUUAUAUCCAAGCGACCCUGCCACGAGUGACCCAGAGGCCCCCCCCACAAGCGAUCCACCAGCCCCGCCCACAAGUGACCCAGAGGUUCCGUACACGAGCGAUCCCGAGGGGAUUCUUUUUCCGACGGAAGUCUCUGAAUGAUAAGCCUUAUGACUCGUAAUGUGUAGUGACUGUAUCACCGCAUUGUACACCACAUCGAAGGCUAUGUAAUAUCUUUGCAUGCUGUCCAUGCGUCUUUAUCACUCUGGCGA